AUGGAUGAUUUUUUCAUCGGAAUGGCGGAAAAUUCUAGCGACGACGACUGGACCGAAAAUAUUAUAAUAAACAACAAAGCUAUUGAAGUUAAACUUGACACUGGCGCACAGUGCAAUGUCAUGUCACUCAAUGUUUACAACAGCAUUGUUCAAAAUAACAUCGCUCAAAAUAACAUUUUCCCGAUUGUUGCAUCGAAUGCCAGAUUGAUAAUAGAUGAAGAUGCUCCAUCACUGCUGGGCAGGAAAACCUGUUUGGAAUUGGGAUUAAUUGAAAGAAUCAUGAAUUUGGAUCGAUCUGAUGGUGACAACGAAAGUGGCGAUGACAUUCUCAAUCAUUAUCCAGACUUAUUUUCUGGUCUUGGUUGCAUACAGUCAGUUGGAAAACAUCACAUUGAAGUAGAUCCUAAUAUAAAGCCAGUCAUUCAUCCACCAAGAAAAGUACCUGCUGCAUUGCGCCACAGAAUAAAGGAAUUGGAACGGAUGGUAGAUCUCGGGUUGAUUGAAACACAGUCUGAGCCAACCAGUUGGGUAAACAGUAUGGUAACUGUCGCUAAACCCAACAAGUUAAGAGUAUGCAUUGAUCCUCGUGAUUUAAAUCGAGCCAUCCGACGUGAGCACUACCCACUGCCAACUGUUGAAGAGGCUGUAUCGCGACUUCCAAAGGCCUUGGUAUUUUCUGCCCUUGAUGCCAGUUCUGGUUUGUGGCAAAUAGAGCUUGAUGAUAGCAGUUCCACAUUGUGCACCUUCAAUACUCCAUUUGGAAGGUAUCGCUUUAAGAGACUUCCAUUUGGCAUUUCGUCAGCUCCAGAGGUUUUCCAGAAAGUUAUGACAACACUGCUCGAAGGACUUGAUGAGUUGAAUGCAUCGCAGAUGACAUUUUCGUAUGGGGGAAGAAUAUCAGCCAACAUAACCAACGCUUGA